AUGAAAUUUCUAAUCCUUCUUCUUCUAGCAAUUGUUGCAGUAAAUGCCUCAAUUUUCGAUGAUGAGUAGGUUUUGAAUUUUAGGCUACGACACUCCACGUUUACGUGUAAAUGCGGAGUGUUGUACAUAGUUUCUAUUGAUGUUUUAUAGGUCAUCUUCGUCGGAAUCUUCCGAAAUAAAUCGAAAAUCUGCGUUUGGACCAGGAAAUCUACGAACAAGGCGACCAAGACCUCCAACAAGACCUCCAACAAGAACAACAAGAAGAACAACAAGAAGAACAACAAGAGGAUGGCCAGAUUUCCCACCAGUUACAAUCAAUUUCCCACCCCCAGAAUAUAUACCACCCCCAGAGUAUAUACCACCACAAUAUCCACCACCCCAAAAUCCAGAUGGUUAUCCAUUUCCACCUGUAGAUCCAAAUGGAAAUCCGUAUCCAUAUGGAAAAUAA